CUGGGUUGUCAGGAACUGGAAUUGUCAUAAUAGAGCAGAAUUUCUUGGCUGUUCAACUUAGUUGAUGCUUUGAGAUUAAAUUUAAGGCCCUGAAGCUGUGUACGUUCAUCUCCUUGCUUGAAGACUUUGGCUGGGGAGAUAUCCCCUUUUCAUACGACACCUUGAGCUAUGGAGAGAGUAAGUGCUUGUGGCAUUUGUGCUAGCUGUUUAUAUUUCAAGUCACUAAUAACUAGGUAAAUAUGAUCCUCUCUGAGGAGGAUGCUUUUUUACAUAGGACAGCAAAGGAGCUAUGUCCGUAAUCUGCACAAACAGUGCUGAUGCCUUAGGGCAUGAAAUCGUCCAUCCUGUUUCCCUGCCAGUUCCCCUGCCUGAGGGCUUUUCCUUAGAUCUAGAUUGGCUGAGUUUGUAACUGCAGUAGGAAGAAUGUUACUUUUAAAAACUGAAGUACCUUUACAGCUGGUUGGAGGGGGAAGGGUGACCUGUGGUCAGAAUUCUGAACUACAGUGUAGGGUACCUAAUUUCUGACAGAUUUAUUGUGUGUGUUCAGGUUGUUACUGUUUCUUGCUCUUCAUUCUUUGGUUGCAGUAUACAGUUGACACCCAUCUUAUUGGUGAUUUGAGGAAGAGUUCCUUAAGUGUCUACAAGAUGCUUGGAUACUGUGGUGUUGAAUGCUUUAGUAAAGUUCAGUGGAGGAGAGAUGAAAAUGAUAUUCCAAGCUAUGAGUUCAAAAUGAGGUGGCCUCCUGUGUGAUCCUCUGUCCUGGGUAUUCUGUAGCAUGGUGAAAUUGCUAUAGAGUGGAAGUCAGGCCCUACCUUGUUUAAGACAACUAGGCACUUUGAGAUUCUCUCCAUUCUUUACUUUCCCAGGAGCUGUUUGCUUGUUUUCCUGGCUUUUAACACCUAGCUGAAUCAUUUUGACUUUAAUUGAUCUUCUCUCUUUUUUGCCCCACCAUUUGUUCAAGACUUGGAAAUUGUUCUGUUCAUGUCAGGAUGGUUAUGUAUGAUCUUACUGCUUAUAUCCUCAGACAGAGAGGGUUGAAGGCAGCAGCUUGCAGGCUGGCUCGUAUUUGGAAUGACAUGAGCCACCCUCUCUGGAGUGUUGUCCUGUGAGCUGUGCUUAGGACGGAAAUGGCAUGGAAGGCCCUGUAGGAGUGUGAGAAUAACAUUGCAAUGGUUGGAAUGCAGGAUAAGCAUCACUUGGGUGGGCUCAGUUUUCCUCUGCUUUUCAACAAUGCUGGGUGCCAAGCCUGAGGAAGACCGCUGUGCAGAGGUGAAGGAGCUGGAAUGUAUUCUUCAGUUGAGGUGAAUGCAAUUCAGUGAAACUGAUAGGCAUCAAACUGAAUAAUGAUUUUAAAGUAUUUUCACAUGAUGUCUAAUCUGUGGAAAUUCACUACCACAUAAUAGCACUGAGGCUAAGAGCUGAGCAGGAUUCAGAAAGAUCAAGCGCUUAUGAGUGGAAACGUUCAGACUUGCUUUAGCUAAAGAGCUUGCUUUAGAAGGUGUAUUUUUCAGACACAACCCAAUCUCUUAACAGGUAAAGGUUUGAAGAAAGGGCAGUUUGUUCCAUAAUUGUCCACUGAAGCUUUUUGCUCCAUCUUUUAAACCACCUUGUAUUGGCCCACAUCAGAGGCAAAGGCACUGAAUCACACGUAUUUGCUGUUAGGUGGCCACUAACCUUUUUUUCGGUGAUAACUGCAUUAGUUAAAAAACCAUCAGCCAAAACACAAACCCACAAAGCACUCCAGCUGCUUUGAUUAGGCCUGGUGCUUGAGGAUUUUAAGCUGGUGAAGAGCAGGGUCCUUGGAAAGAUAGUGCAGUCCACAGAUAAGGACUGUCUUAUUCGUGAAUGUGAACACAUAUAAGUAUUGUCUCUUCAUGCCAAGUGGUCAGGAAAAGCACUUUGUGCUUCCUGCUGUUGCUUGUAAAAAGGGAAAGAAUGUGUGGAGUUUGGCCUUUCCACGUUGCAGUCUUGUAGUGGACUUUAGUCCAGAGGGCAGUUGAAAUGAAGGGCUUUAAGGCUGUUCGAGUGAGAUCCAGUAUGUUGUAGUGUGAGCCUCAGCACACUAGUGUCUGAGAAGACAGUCUGUGUCCUGUGCUCAUGUCCAAUCUAUGUUGAGGAUCAAGAGAAUCAUCAGUGCUGCUUAGUCAAGUAGGCAUAAAUUCUGUUUGAUGAAUAGGCUAAUAAAGGAGCUGUUGGCCAGAUGCUGCUGGAUGCUGACAGGGGAAAGCUGAUUCAGAAACAAGUGGCCAGAAAUGUUUGGACACAUCGUCACAUUGGAUCUGUAAGUCCUUUGUCCCUGCUUCAUGAGGCUUUGAAUUUGAGCCCAGGCUGGUAACCUGCUUUUGGAGCCACACAGGUGGGAGGAUGUCAAGCACCGCUCCGUCAAAGAAGCCUUACCGCAAGGCACCCCCGCAGCAUCGGGAGAUCCGCCAUGAGGUACCCAUCAUCCGGGAUGACCAGGAUGGAGUGAUCUUGGCUGAACAGAGUCAGGAACCCUUGACGGAUGCAGAAAGGAUGAAGCUAUUGCAGCAUGAGAAUGAGGAGCUGCGCCGCAGGCUGACCUAUGUGACUAACAAAAUGGAAGCGAUGGAGAGGGAGCUGGAGUCUGGUCAGGACUACCUGGAGAUGGAGCUGGGCCAGAACCGUGAGGAGCUGGAGAAAUUCAAGGACAAAUUCCGUAGGUUGCAGAACAGCUACACAGCUUCCCAGAGAACCAACCAGGACCUGGAGGAGAAGCUGCAUGCCCUGGCCUCUCUCAGCCAAAGCUGGAUUUUUGCAAUUAAAAAGGCAGAGAUGGACCGCAAGACACUGGACUGGGAGAUUGUAGAGCUCACUAAUAAAUUGCUUGAUGCCAAAACCACCAUCAAUAAACUGGAGGAACUCAAUGAGCGCUAUCGACAAGACUGUAACCUUGCAGUACAGCUGCUGAAGUGUAACAAGUCCCACUUCAGGAACCACAAGUUUGCUGAUCUUCCCUAUGAGCUGCAGGACAUGGUCAAUAAGCAUUUGCACAGCACUCAGGAGUCCGCAGGCCCUGGUCAAGAAGCAGCCCAUACAUUGGCUCCAUCUGAUGUUGUUCCCACCUCGGUGAUUGCCAGAGUCUUGGAGAAACCAGAAUCUCUGGUUCUGAAUUCAGCCAAGUCUAGCAGUGGCAGCUGUCCCAUGGCCGAGGAUGUCUUUGUGCACGUGGACAUGAGUGGUACACCUCCUGAUGCCUGCAGCAGUGCAGGACAGUUGGGGAAGGAGGGAGGAGAUGCAGGAAAACAGCAGAAUGGUGGCUGCAAGCCUCAGAGCAGUGUGGAGAGUGUGCCGGAGGAGGUGCCUGCCUUUGAGAAGCUAAGCCCGUACCCUACACCAUCCCCUCCCCAUCCGAUGUACCCUGGGCGCAAAGUGAUUGAGUUCUCUGAAGACAAGGUGAGGAUCCCAAAGAACAGCCCCCUGCCCAACUGCACGUAUGCUACGCGCCAGGCCAUCUCCCUCAGCCUGGUGCAGAGUGAAGACGAGAGCUGUGACAGGCAGCGGACGCUCCCCAACAGCCCUGCCUCAGAAGGGCGCCGUUCAGCCUCCAGCUGCUCCUGUCAGCAGUCGCCCAAAGCAGCCCGGCCUCACGGCUCUUCCCAGAGCAGCCCGUUCAGCAGCCCCCCCCAGAUCCCCAGCGCCUUUGCCAGCUCCGCCAGCUCCGAGGAGGACCUGCUGGCCAACUGGCAGCGCAUGUUUGUGGACAAGGCUCCCCCCACCUCGGAGCGGGUGCUGAUGAACCGCACGGCUUUCAGCCGUGACACAGCCCCCGAGCUCCAGAAGAGGUUCAGCCGCUCUAUGCAGGAGCUGGGUAGGGCGGCCUCAGUUUAUUCGGAUGGUGAGGAGUCUGCACAGAGCUGCAGCUGGACUGUGAGCCGGGACUCAAGCGUGGAGACGGACAGCACUGAGUCCAGAGCCCGCAGGAGCCAUUUCUCCUCAGACUAUGGUACAGAUUUCUCCCAGGAUGAAGCUCAGAAGCUGUUGCAGGAAAGUGGUGGGGGUACCACUGAGCCUGGAAGCCCCUCACCAGAGAAGCACAAGGACUAUGUAGACCUGGGCUUGCCUGAGAGCCCAGCUGAGGAGAGAGAAAUGUUGCUCCAGGGAAGCAAGGAGAGCAACCAAGGAGGUGCCCAAGAAGAAAGUGGAGAAGGCAGGGUCAAGCCUCCCUUCAGUCGGCCGCACCGCAGUCCCAAGAGGAUGGGUGUCCACCACUUGCAUCGCAAGGACAGUCUGACGCAAGCCCAGGAGCAAGGCAACCUUCUCAGCUGAGGCGGGGCAAGAAGCAGCCACAUGCUGCAGAGCUGUGGGAUGCCUCCAUCUGUCCAAUUCUGAGGAAGGAACCCCCUUUAGUACCCUCCUCCUGGGGGGCUCUGCUCUGAAAUUUUGUAUUAUUCUCUUCUUUUGCUACCUGGAAGAGCUGGAGUCCACCUUCCCCAGCACCUCAGACCCACAGUACUAGCACACACAGUGUGCAGAAGCGCACCCACUGCCCUGGCACAGCCGCAGCUCUCUUCAACAGCCUCACACUGGUGCCUGUACCGGAGCUCAUUCUUGGUACCCCUCGUCCUGGUGCCUGUGCCUCUUAAUGCUCACAUCUUCCUUCCCCCUUCCCACUCAGGUACCUGAGGCCCUGGGUGCUCUCAUGCUGGUUGCCUGCAGCCGCUCUGCUCUCUUUUAACUUGUGCCAACAGGGCAGAGUGCCUGUGUGGUGGUGUCUGAUUCCCUGGGAGCCCCCAGGGGCUGUGAGUGGGGCACCAGGACUCUCCCAGCAGAUGGCUCUGUGCCCCUGGGGAUGUGCUGGGAUUUCUGGUGUCUCAUUUUCCUGCUGGUUUUGUUUUCUCCAGCUGCCCUCUGGGUGGUUCUCCAGAAUCUGCCUCUGCAGGUCCCCAUCGCUUGCCUCCUGCAUUGGGCUCAGCAUCCAGGCCCCCCCAAGGCAGUGCACGGAUGCUGGUGCUGUGGUGUGGGGCAUGGGUGCUGUUUGCUGGGGUGGUUUGGGAGGCACCACCUGGGCACUGGGAUCUGUGUUUGUGUGUCCCUCACACCUUCCCCUGCUCUUCGUGCUGUUGUUUUGUUUGUACAGUGCUGAUGCUUUGCUCUUGGGUGGGCUUGCUUUCUUCUUUUCAAGCCUUUGGUUUUGGGGUGUAUUGUUUUUCCUUUCUCCCCGCCCUGCAUAAACAGACACAGCCGCUGGCAGCCAGUCUGAUGCCUGCAUUGAGGGUGUGUUGAGGAGGCUCAGAUUGGCGCUGUGCUUCCCUCUGAUCCUGGCUUCCAACCUGCAGAAACCCCUCCAGACUCAAGAACAAGGUCUUGCUCCAGGCGAUCAAGGUGUGAUGGAUGCCACUGGGCUCGGUGCAGGGCUGGCAGGGAUGUGAGGGCAGCUCCCUGCAGACACACUACCUCAUGGCUCAGCAGCAGCCCUUUGCCAGGGGCUCCUCGCACACCCCCUUCUCUGGGGGCUCCAGGCUGGCUCUGGUGCCUCUCUGGGGCCUCCCCUUCUGGAUAGGGCCUGUCUGUGCGUUUCUCCUAGUGUAGUGUGAUAAUGUGUGACUUUUCAUCUCAGUCUUUUGUGCUCAGUGUCUUGUUAGGGGGGAGGGAAGGGGAGAGGUCUGUAGAUGUAGAUUUUUUUUGAGGGCUUACAAAGCCCAGGCAUCCUAUUUUAACUGUCCUGUGCCCUUGUCUGUCUGGUGUUUCUUGGCUCCCCGAGGGGUGCAAGGCAGGGUAGCCUGGUUCCCUGUGCCAUGCUCCCCCUUGAAUCCACUGGCUGUCCUCAGCCUGCUGUCUGGAUUUUGAGUUGGGUUUGUGUUGUCCUCCCACCCUACUCAGCGAGGGCUCUUCACUGGGCUGUAACCAGCAGCCCUCUCUCUGGGAAGGGAGCUUCUGUUCAUAGCUUACAGCAAGAUGCGUGGCCAAGAGCUGCCUCGGGCCCUGCUCCCCUCCUGAAACCCCUGUCUCUGGACAGGGCCUGCAGCUGGGGCCAGCCAGGGCUUCAGCUCGAGCCUGGAGGCUCCAGGGCCUGUGAAAGGGAGCUGCAGGCGCCUGUGGUGGCUCUGUAGGUUGCUUUACGUCCCCUGCUGCCUCGUUUCCCACCUCCAACAUUGUGGAGCUGAUGCCACCCUCUGGCGGGGACUUGGAACUCGGUGUUUCACUACAGUAUUUUGCUGGAUACCUGUGCAAACAGGCUGCUGCUGAGAGCAGGAGCCUCCUCUGAGCCUGCAGGGUGUUCAUCUACCCGGACCUGAACGUGGUGGUGAGGUCCUUGCUUUUGCUUUCAUCAGCUGCUCCACUGCUGCAUUUCUUCUGUUCUUCUGCAGCGUUGCUGAGGCCUUGUACGUGCAGUGGCUGCCAGCUCCUGCCUCACAGACAUCACCUGGGCUUGGAUGCCCACCAAGUGAGCUCCUCUGGCUCCCUGAGGGGGAGGUGUUGCCCCGUUUUCCGGUGUGCUGGUCAGGGGAGCAACCCCACUCUUGCUGAAGCAGCUAGCCUGAUGGUGCUGGGCAGAGCCAGCCUCCCUCUGCUACCUUUGGUCAAGGCAGCCUUAAAAGAGAAAUGGAGGGGUGGCAAAGGGGUGCCCAGGGCCUCACCAGACCCUUCUUCAUAGUAUUAGGCUGCUGGCAGAGGUUGAGGGGGAGCCUCAAGAGGAGCAGAGCCCUCUCCCAGUGGCCAUGGUGCCUGACCUCUGCACUCCUGCUGGCCUCUGGCAGUAUUGGCUCUGGGCCCCUGAGCUGACCCAUUUUCAGUGUCCCAACUCCAGACUGUUAAUCUGUAACUAAUGUGUUUUUUUUCUGACAUUUUCAAACUGAUGUAUAUUUUAAGACCAGAAAUAAACUAUUUUAAAAGUA